AUGAAUGUCCAAGUCGGGUCUUAUCACUUUGGAAAUCGACACUCCACGAGUAACGCCACCAAGACGUUAAAGACAUGGUUCCCUAAAACGCCAAUUGCCGCCCCGCUGAUUACUCAUGGCAAAGAGAAAAAACAGGCACCACAGCGAUUAGAAUCCAUUGAAUCUUCAGCAGAGACGAUUACAAGCCAAGAUGAUUAUGGUGAUGACAUAGAGCAAGAGAAAAUAGGCGUCAAUAGGGAUGGAAAAAACACUGACAAGGACGUGAAACGCAAUAAGUUUCAUGAAAAUGCAACAAGCUCAUUAAUGAAGCACGACACGAAUAAACACGAAAGUAGCAGAAUAAAAGAGUACUAUCAGUACGAGAUUAUACUCUGGUUUGGUUGUAGUCUGGACGGAGUUGAAUUUGCUUUCUGUGACGCUGCUAGCGGGUAUCCGUACGUUGAAGCGACUAAUGGCAACGAAUCACUUCCCGGCAUGUGGAAUAUACGAGAAGGCGACUUUCUUGUCGCAGUGAAUGAAUGCACUACUCAUAAUUCAGCAAUGUCGUACGAGUCAGUAAUGCAAAUUGUUUCAACUUGCGCGCGCCCAGCUGUCCUCCUCUUUCGCAGACCGAGUAUGGAUGAGUUACAGCAAAUCCCAAUAUUGAAGAAAAGACCCACAAACGAAGAGCGACUUGGCCGCCGACGGAAUCGCGAGCGGCUAGAAAAGUCUUUGGCUUAUGUUAUUUGGCGUGAAAGCGAUGGACCGCUUGGCGUCUCGCUUAAAAAACAAAGAGGGUCGUUAUACCCUGUUGUAGCCGACAUGAACCGCAGCAGCAUAAUUCGUCGCUAUGCAAAUAUUGGAGACCCGCUGAUCUCAAUUAAUCAACAUGAUGUGUAUAAGCUUGGGAAUACGCAGUGGAUGCAGCUUUUAAAGUCUGCACCAAAGCCUCUGGUACUCACAUUUCGGCGAUUGUGCUCUCCUCGAAAUCAAAAGAGAGAAAGAAUGCUAGAUUUGUGA